AUGUCGAUACAAUUGUACUUAAGUAAUAUUCGAGUAAAGGGUUGUUAUACGCAGAUGGUGCUUAGUGACCAUCUAGCGGUAAACGUUCUCUCUAACUACAAAGAGGUUCUAGUUUUUAUAUCUGUUAUCUCGUUCUAUAGCAAAGUCCUCCGUUGCUAUAUUAUAAGGGUCGUCUCUUCUAGCCUUAGAUACCUUUGCUACCGCCUUACGUUCAACGGAACUUGUUUUAUAACGGCUAUCUUUGUAGUAAUGAUAGUGUAUAUCAUUAAGGUUGCUCUAGAAAUUUUUUCGACUUCCUUAAUCUUUAGCGUUAUUAUAAUAGAAGGGUUACCCUUGCCCUUAGGCGAGAUAUAA